AUGUCAACUCCUAAUGCAGGCAAUACUGCCUCUCCUGCCCCGAACAACCUCGGCUACCCGUUCAUCUCGAAUCCUGAUCCACAAGCCGGCGGGAUGAACUUUCAGCCUCAACAGUACAUGUCCAACAUGGACAUGUCCACUGCAUCUCCUGUACCUGGUGCAUCCGGUGGCCAGGGUGAUCCUGGACCUUCAUCGAUGGCUCAACAACAACAACAAGGUCAAUUCCGACCUCAAUUCUCUCAAGGCGGAGUGACACCUCAACAGAUGGUGAUGCUUCAGCAAUUCUCUCAGGCUGCCCAAAGUCAAGGUCCUCAAGGUCAGGCAGGCCAACCUCGCCAGUUCACUCCCCAACAGUUGCAGAUGGCUAUGGCUUCUAUGCAAGCGCAGCAAGGUGGAAAUGUCAAUCCUCAAGCGCUGAUGGCAGCGAUGAGAGCCAGUCAGCAAGCUCAGCUAGGGCAAAUACCUCAACAAGGUCAACAGCAGCAGCAGCAACAACCACGACCCCCAAACCAACAGAUGAAUAACUACGGUAAUGUUCCUCAGCAAAAUGUCGGUACACCCGGUCAGCAGAACGUCAACCCGGCUCAAAUUGCUUUCCAGCAGCAACAGCGAAUACAGCAGAUGAUGCAAGCUCGUCCGAAUUCCGGUUCACCCGUUCGUCCUCAUCAGCAAAUCAAUUCUAUGCCUCCUCCGCCGAUCCCGAAUUCGCAACAACAACAGCAAGGUAGCUUUGCUUCCCCACAAAACGCUGGCCCUCCUCAACCAAUGAACAGCAACCCACAGGGUGGAUUCCAUCUUACUCAGCAGCAGAGGGAUUUCCUGACUAGUCAGCGCAACGCGUUGUUCAACAAUCCUCAAUUCCUUGCUAUGACGCCUCAGCAACAACAGACAGUCAUCGUUGGUCAGCAGCAGCAGCUAAUCAGAAACAUGACAGCAGGUCAGAUGCCACCUCCGGGUCAACAGCCGAAUCAAGCGCAACAGCAGCAACCUCCACAACAAGCUCAAACACCUACCAAUCGACCUACAUCAGCUCAUGGCACUCCUGGAUCGGGUCAAAGUCCGAGUAUAGCUCGUCAGCCGACACCUCAGCAGAUGGGCACACCUCAAGCCCAGCAAGUGCAAACUCCCCAAUCGUCUCAUGUCCAGACUCCUCAACAGCCCAUGUCAAGUCUACCUCAACAUUUGGCACCACCUCGUCCAGCGUCAGCGGCGUCCCAACGAGCUCCAUCACCCCAUCAAGGUAUGCAAGGUAUGCCCGCAUCGCCUGCAAUGAUGCAGCAGCCAGGUAGCACCCCUCCGCCAUCGAGCGCCAUGUAUCCUUCCGGUGGGCAGCAGAUGAACGCUCCUUCGCCUACUCCGUCCAAUGUUUCUCAUCAUAGUCAACAUCAGACUCCUGCCCACACACACAUGCAACCUCCACCUCAUUCGGUCUCACCUGUUCACGCUCGUUCACAAACACCCGUUCAACCUCAACAAGUUGGCACCCCUCAGUCAGCUCAGUCUAACAACCCAGUCACUGUGAAUGGAAUGUAUCAAGGGAAUCAGCAGUUCCAACAACAGCAGUUUCAACAAAGCAUGGGUACCCCUCAACAAGGUUCUCGACCGUAUCCGCAGGCGUUUCCUGGAGUCACCCAAGCUGGUCCUUCGAAUUCUCCUGCACAGCAAGGGGGCUUCCCCGUCCAGCCGAUUGUGCCAACAUUGCAAAAUCUCACACCUGCCCAGCAGCAGCAGAUGGCUUCUGCGAUGAGCUUCAUUAGUCAAGCUGCGCAAGCUCAGCAAGCUCAGCAGCCUCCAGGGCAUGGUACUACUCAGCAACAAGUCAGACCGAUUCAACCUCCUCAACCGAUGACACCCGCUAGACCACCCGCUGGGAUACAUGUUCCUAACAUCAACACCUCAGAUUUCCCCUUUGAUGCCAGACUGCUACCUCACAUCCAGCAUCUGAAUGAUGAGAAAUGGAGAGCGAAUGCGAACCCCCAAUUGAUAGCUGCUGUUCAGGCUGCUGCCGCGAUAGUCCCUACUCUUCGUCACGACAUCAUACAGCGAAUGCAGAACGUCCUCUUCCACUCAGCGAGGAUACAAGCUGCUCAAGCUGUUCGGCCACCUCCACCCGGACAGCAGCCUCAACAAGGUGAUCAAAGUGGGGUUCCAGGAUUCUCACCCACGACAGGUCAAGCAGGAACUCCCGGGGCGAUACCACCUAACCAACAACAGAGGAUAUGGCAAGCUCAGCAGAAUGCUCAAGCACAGGGAUCACCAGCCUCCGUCAAUAGUGCUAGUCCUGCCAUCCGCCCUCCACCACCUCAUCUCCCUCCUGUAUCUAAUAUGCCGGGCUCUCCUUCACCUCGUAUUUCGUCCUUAGAUCGGCGCUCUUCUGGUUCAGGAAAGGACAAAUUGAUCAAAGGGGAGAAAACACCUCAACAAGCUUCGAUGCCGCCGCCCAGUUUCAUUCCUUCUCAACCUGUCGGAUCAUCCAGACCUUCGCAUGCUACCCCCGAAGCGUCUAUACCUCCACCUCAACCUAGUGCAACACUACACGGAGGUCAUCCUCAGAGCAUCAAAGUUGGAAGAAAUUCUUUACCAGUGAAGGAAUGGGAGAUCGCCCUGAGGGUCGAUCUACCCAUAACGAAAAUCACAGCUUUGCCCGUCAACGAUAUCGAGGAAUCAGAAGACCCCACUUUCAAAGGUGCUUUACCGCCUAUGGAUGAAUUUGAGAAGCUCCAGGUGAAACAGUGGUUAGAGAAGGACAAAGAGUUUGUCGCGACCGAAAGGGAGCAACUUCCGAAGAGGAACGCGAAGAUGAAGAAAUGGGCUGAAGAAAGUGAUAAAGCUACUCCUUGGUGGAUGUUACGCAAAGGCGAAAUGAGAGCUAAACCCAGUCAGAGGUUAAGGAUCGUUUGGCCUAAUCAAAAUGAUCAAGAAAGAAUGACUAGGACGCACAGGAACAGGACAUUGAUAAAAUUUUCUCCUGCUCAAUUGAAGUCGAUGGCCGAAGUGGAAGAUCAUAUAGUCCCUGUGAGAUUGGAUUUGGAACAUGACAAUUUCAGAUUGAAAGAUACUUUCAUGUGGAACGUUUCUGACAAAGUCGUUACACCUGAAUUAUUCGCUCAAUCUCUAUGCGACGAUUUCCAAGUGCCCCAUCAGCAUUUCGCAUCUAGAAUCGUAGCUGCCAUUCAAGAGAGAGUGCAGGAAUAUCAAGCCCACGUCUUACCUAUCGCUCAACGUAAAUCCAAAGAAGAUAAUAGAGGUAAACUUGAUCCGGAGGGAGACGCCGAUUCCAAAGCCAUGGUUGACAUUUUCCGAAGGAUAAGGGAAGGUAGCGCGAUUGAGGAAGAGAUCAAAACCGAUCCAGGAGAGGAACACAAUGAUCAUCACAUCAAGAUCGUUUCAUUCGAUCAUGUUGAUGGUAAUGCAGAUGAAGAAAUUCUUAUCAAUGUUCAUGGUGACGAGGCAGAUGGUGCUGUAAAGGCGGAGGUGAAGGUGGAAGUGAUAGGUGAAGAACGUCCGAUGACGGUCGAAGAAGCUAUGCAGAAUCUGCCUACGGAGGAGACUGAGGAACUGAGGAUUCUCAUCAAGGUCGAUAUAAUCAUCGGUACUCAGAACCUAUCAGAUAGCUUUGAAUGGGACCUCAACUCGACUGUCACCCCCGAAGAAUUCGCUGCUUCCUAUGUCACCGAAUUGGGUCUGAGCAAAGAGUUCGCCACUGCACUGGCGCAUGAUAUCCACGAGCAAAUCAUGGUUCACAAGCGAUCCCUUUUCCUCGUUGGUCAUACCUUUGGCUCUGGACUUGUUCUCGAUGACGAAAUGAGGCUCGCUUUCUUGCCCCCAGUCACUACCUCUCUCCGAAAAGAAGAUGUAGCGAUGUCAUCGUACACACCCAUAUUCAACGAGUUACGAGAAGAUCAACUUGCUCUGCUCGAAGCUCAGCGAGAGAAGGAAUCGAAGAGGAAGAAGCGAGCUGGAAGAGCUCGUCGAGGAGUGGUUUUACCUGAUCGAGACCCAAUCAAGACCCAACGAUCUUUGCUCAACCCAUUGGGACCGAAUGGAUUACCUGUAUUCUCAGCACCGGAGUUAAUAGCCAGUACGAAAGAUUCAGCACCAAUGCAUCGUCGACGUGGUGCUGCUAUUGCUGCAGAGGCGAACAUGGCUUUGAUAGCUCAAGAUCUACCCAUCACCGGACCACCUUCACCUGCUCAUUCGCAUAGUACCAAUCACCAUCCACACCAUCAUGGACCUACAAUCUCAGCUAGAGGUAAGAGGAUCGGUCGACCGCCCAAAAACUUGUCUAGAGGAAGUCCAGCUAGUUUCUCAACUGGUCGAGAAAGCUCGAUCCUCCCUGAUCAGCAGAUGUUGGCUACCCCGUCGCUAUCCCAUAUCGGAAUCAAGAGAUCGUUCAGGGAAGAUUCGAUUGAUGAUCUUGCAGCGACGGCGAAUGGUAGUCCGGCAUUCAGUAGGAAAAGGGUCAAUCAUUCGAGAAUACCUGAUUCGCCGCCUUCACCUGAUAUCGAAUUCCAAUCCCAAUCCCAAUCGCACACUCAAACUCCUCUGAAGCAGGACAACAACGGUAUAUCCUUGUCCUCGAUUCAAGAAGAAAAGAAAGUCAAUAUGACCAAUAACGGAGAUGAUUCGGUACCAUGGCGUUGCAGGAACUGCGGUGUUCCUGAACAUCUCAGUAAUGGGAAAGGAAAGGACAAGAACGGGGAAAAGACUUUAUGUGGUAAUUGCUCUCGAUAUCUAUUCCGAGUAGGUAAACAUCGACCUUGUGAGUAUACGACCGACGAGUCAUAUCAUCUAUCCAAGAUCAAGACGGAUCGACCUACUUCCAACUCGGCCACCCCGACUACGACAUUCAAACCUGCCCUCAACCGUAACUCCGAUUCGGAAAGUAGUGAUAGUGAAUCUUCCUCGGAUGACGAUGAGUCCGAUUCAACAUUUGCUAGCUCCUCCGGAGGAGGUACUACUAAGAAAGAGAAGUCUGGCAGAGGUAGGAAGAAGAUCAAAGAGACGGCUGGGAUGGAUACUCCUGUCAAACCUCCUGCUGCACCUGCUGGAAGAACACCGACUGUUGGGAUAUCGCCCUCGUCGGGAAAGAAACCGGUUGCCGAGAUGCCAUCAUGGGCUUCAAGAGCAUUAUCUGAAAUGCGAUCUAAAUAUCCCCGAGACGAUUUCGUCAUGGUUCAAAAACCUCGUCCGGCGGACUUUCAAGGUCCUAUCGAAUGGAGAGCUAAAUGCAUGGACUGUCCAGGUAAAAUAUACGCUCUAGGUCCUGGAGAUACACUACAGAAUUUCGAAGUUCACCUGAAGAACAGAGCACAUAUUGCCAAUCGACUAACGAGAGAAGGGAAGUCGCAUUAA